AUGCUUGUUUCGUAUUUCGAUGCAGGGCACAGCGGUGUUAAUCAACUGGGGGGAGUUUUCGUGGGAGGUAGACCACUCCCUGAUUCAACGAGGCAGAAGAUAGUAGAACUAGCUCAUUCCGGUGCUAGACCUUGUGAUAUAUCAAGAAUUCUUCAAGUAUCUAACGGCUGUGUAUCGAAAAUAUUAGGACGGUACUACGAAACUGGUUCGAUAAGACCUAGAGCCAUUGGUGGUUCUAAACCAAGAGUUGCCACGACGGAAGUAGUUUCAAAAAUAUCACAAUUUAAAAGGGAAUGCCCAUCGAUAUUUGCAUGGGAAAUAAGAGACAGAUUGUUACAGGAAGGAAUAUGUACAAACGAUAACAUUCCAAGCGUAUCAUCAAUAAAUAGAGUUUUACGUAAUCUUGCUGCACAAAAGGAGCAACAAUCACAAUCGGCUCAAGUUCCAGCUCCGUCCGAAUCCGUUUAUGAUAAAUUGAGAAUAUUAAAUGGACAACCAGGUUGGCCGAGGCCUAAUCCGUGGUAUCCGACAACCGGCGGAAGUCCUUUUUCAAAUUUACCACCGAGUAUUUCUCCUGGUCAUCAUUCUUCGUGCACUAUUUUGCCCGAUUCCGACAUUCAUUCGAAAAAGAGUAAGGAGAGAAUGAGGAUAGAUCGGGAUGAGAAAGAGAGAGAAAGAUUAAAAAGAUAA